AAGUGUAAUUAAAUUAGUGGUCCCCUCUCUCCUUCUCUCUCUUCCCCCACGAGGCGCUGUGAGUCCUAUAUAUACGCGUACUCGCAGAUCAAACCAGACAAAGCCCCAUAACAUUUACAGCUCUGAGAAGGAGGUGGGGAGUGAGAGUGGUGGGCUCUUUUGGUGCUUGUUGGGAGCCAGCAACAAUGGCGGUUUACAUCUUCUUGGCUCUUGGGGCGGUGCUGGUGCUCUGUGUAUGCACUGCCCUGUUGAGAUGGAACGAAGUGAGGUACAUGAAGAGAGGUCUGCCUCCUGGCACAAUGGGUUGGCCAGUCUUUGGUGAGACCACUGAGUUCCUCAAGCAAGGCCCUAACUUCAUGAAAAACCAGAGUGCAAGGUAUGGGAGCUUCUUCAAGUCCCACAUCCUGGGUUGCCCCACGAUUGUGUCCAUGGACCCGGAGGUGAACCGGUACAUCCUGAUGAACGAGGCCAAGGGGCUCGUCCCGGGUUACCCGCAGUCCAUGCUUGAUAUACUCGGCAAGCGCAACAUAGCAGCGGUCCAUGGCGCGUCCCACAAGCACAUGAGGGGUGCUCUGCUCGCCCUGGUCAGCCCCACCAUGAUCAGGGACCAGCUCUUGCCCAAGAUUGAUCGUUUCAUGCGAUCCCACCUCGCCCACUGGGAUGAUGGCUCCAUUAUUGACCUCCAGGACAAAACCAAACAGAUGGCCCUUCUCUCGUCGCUAAUGCAAAUCGGAAUCGACUGCAGCUCCAUUUCUCAACAAUUCAUACCUGAGUUCUUCAAGUUGGUCCUGGGCACUCUCUCCCUGCCCAUAGACCUCCCUGGCACGAACUACCGUCGAGGUUUCCAGGCUAGGAAAAAUAUACUGGGAAUGUUGAGGAAACUGAUAGAAGAGAGGAGGGCCUCCCAGGAAGCCCACAAUGACAUGCUUGGUAGCCUUAUGAGGAGUGCUGAUAACAAAUACCAGCUGAAUGAUGAAGAGAUCAUUGACCAAAUAAUCACCGUCAUGUACUCCGGGUAUGAGACCGUUUCGACCACGUCCAUGAUGGCCGUCAAGUAUCUCCACGACAGCCCGAGCGUUCUUCACAAAUUGAGGGAAGAACACUUGGGAAUCAGAGCGAAGAAAAGGCCAGAGGAUCCUAUUGAUUGGGAAGACCUUAAGGCGAUGCCGUUCACUCGUGCGGUCAUCUUUGAGACCUCCAGAUUAGCCACAGUUGUCAAUGGGGUCUUGAGAAAAACCACUAAAGACAUGGAGCUCAACGGGUUCUUAAUCCCAAAGGGAUGGAGGAUAUACGUUUACACAAGGGAAAUAAAUUACAACCCGCGAUUAUAUCCCGAUCCCCUUGCGUUCAAUCCAUGGAGAUGGCUGGACAAGAAUGUGGAGUGUCGAAACUACAACCUAAUUUUCGGUGGGGGCACAAGGCAAUGCCCUGGAAAGGAGCUUGGGAUUGCCGAGAUCUCCACAUUUCUUCACUACUUUGUGACCAGAUACAGAUGGGAAGAAAUUGGGGGUGAUAAGCUAAUGAAAUUUCCAAGAGUAGAAGCACCAAAUGGGCUCCACAUAAGGGUUUCCCCUUCUUGCUGACUGACUCCAACAUUCUCAUGUACAGAAGAAAC